GGGGCCGGCUAUUUAAAAGCGCCUGCUCGCCCGGAGCCCCGUAGUCUCUUUGGAAACUUCUGCAGGGGAAAAGAGCUAGGAAAGAGCUGCAAAGCAGUGUGGGCUUUUUCCUUUUUUGCUCCUUUUGGUUACCCUCUCCUCCGUUUUCACCCUUCGGACUUCGCGGAGAACCUGCGAAUUUCGAAGAGGAGGUGGCAAAGUGGGAGAAAAGAGGUGUUAGGGUUUGAGGUUUUUGGGGUUUUUUUUUUUUUUUUUUUCUUGAUUUCAACAUUUUCUCCCACCCUCUCGGCUGCAGCCAACGCCUCUUACCUGUUCCGCGGCGCCGCGCAUCGCUGGCCGCUGAGGUUUAGAAAGCAGCUCGGUGUAUUUUAGAUUUUAAGCAAAAAUUUUCCAAAUAAAUCCAUUUUUCUCCCCCACCCCCAACGCCAUCCCCACUGCCUCCGAGCUCAUUAUUUCGGUGGUUGCUUGGGGGUGAACGAUUUUGUGGCUUUUUUCCACCUAUAAUUCUGACCCGCUCAGGCUCGAGGGUUUCUCCGGCCUCAGCUCGCUGCGUGCACCUGGCGCUGCCCUGCUUCCCCCAACCUGUUGCAAGGCUUUAUUAAUUCUUGCAACCGGGACUUGAUCGCAGGCACCCCAGUCCUCCAUCUCGCUCUACAUUUUUCCAAGUGUCUCGGGGGAGGGCACCUGCUCUACCUGCCAGAAAUUUAAAAAAACAAAAACAAAAACAAAAAAAAAUCUCCGGGAGCCCUCUUGGCCCCUUUACCCCUGCACUGUCGAUCUCCUGCCCCACCCGGAGGUAAAGGGGGCGACUGAGAAGAUGGUGUUGCUCACCGCGGUCCUCCUGCUGCUGGCCUCCUGUGCUGGCCGGGCCCAGAGCCUGGGCUCCUUAGUGCACUGCGAGCCCUGCGACGAGAAAGCCCUAUCCGUGUGCCCCCCCAGCCCCGUGGGCUGCGAGCUGGUCAAGGAGCCGGGCUGCGGCUGCUGCAUGACUUGCGCCCUGGCGGAGGGGCAGUCGUGCGGCGUCUACACAGAGCGCUGCGCCCAGGGGCUGCGCUGCCUCCCCCGGCAGGACGAGGAGAAGCCGCUGCACGCCCUGCUGCACGGCCGCGGGCUUUGCCUCAACGAAAAGAGCUACCGCGAGCAAGUCAAGAUCGAGAGAGACUCCCGUGAGCACGACGAGCCCCCCACCACCACCGAGCUGGCGGAGGAGACCUACUCCCCCAAGAUCUUCCGGCCCAAGCAAACCCGCAUCUCCGAGCUGAAGGCCGAAGCGGUGAAGAAGGACCGCAGAAAGAAGCUGACCCAGUCCAAGCUGGUGGGGGGAGCCGAGAACACUGCCCACUCCCGGGUCGUCGCUGCCCCUGAGAUGAGACAGGAAUCUGAGCAGGGCCCCUGCCGCAGACACAUGGAGGCUGCCCUGCAGGAACUUAAAGCCACCCCGCGCAUGGUGCCCCGCGCCGUGUACCUGCCCAAUUGUGACCGCAAAGGAUUCUACAAGAGAAAGCAGUGCAAGCCUUCCCGUGGCCGCAAGCGUGGCAUCUGCUGGUGUGUUGACAAGUACGGGAUGAAGCUUCCAGGCAUGGAGUACGUGGACGGGGGCUUUCAGUGUCACGCCUUCGACAGCAGCAACGUUGAGUGAUGCGUCCCCCCCGCCCUCCCCUCACCCCUCCCACCCCCAGCCUUGACUCCAGCCAGCGCCUCCCUCCACCCCAGGACGCCACUCAUUUCAUCUCAUUUAAGGGAAAAGUAUAUAUCUAUCUAUUUGAGGAAACUGAGGACCUCGGAAUCUCUAGCAAGGGCUCAACUUUGAAAAUGGCAACAACAGAGAUGCAAAAAGUUAAAAAGACACCCCCCCCUUUUAAAAUGAUUUUCUUUUUGAGGCAAGUUGAAUGAACAACAGAAGGGAAGAGAGGAAGAAUGAGAGGAAGAGAAGGGCAGGAAGUGUUUGUGUUGAAGAAAGAGAAAGACACAGAGCGUUAGGAAAAGGCAGACAAGCAGGUAGGCAGGAAGGAAAGGCACCGAGACCAGGGAGGGCCCAACCUUCACGUCCAGCUCUGGCCUUCAGUGACACUCUCGGGGUGUCCCAGUUAUAGAUUGAUUGGUCAGGGGGAGAAAGAAAAUGACAGAACGUGCCAGGGCCUCUCCCGGAUCUGUCUCCCCCUCCAGCCAGCAGUAUGGACAGCAGGACCCCUGAACUUCCUCUUCUCUUACCCGGGCAGAGUGUUGUCGCUCCCCAAAUUUGUAAAAACUGAAAUGCAUUCCAUUCCUCUGAAAGCAAACUAACUUCAUCACUGAGUGACGUUAGCUAGAUAGGUUUUCGGAAGCAGAUCUAUGAAUAUUAAAUACAUGUGUAUAUUUCACUCCCCAGGCAAACUUUUUGUGAGAAAGCCAUACAUGCCCCAGUAUUGAAAGACCUGUUCUCCCAGGAUGACUGCAGUGCACACGGAAACGUGCGGUUUCAGCCCUCGUUUGAUUCAAUUCGCAAGUAGCACAGCAGGCUCUGUGGGGGAGGAUAGGCUGGAAAAAAAAAGUGGGCUUGUAUUUAUCUACAAGGCUCCAUAUAGUCAUAUAUAGGCAUAUAAAUCUUUCGUUUCUCUUUAUUUUUUCUUUCUUCCUUUCUUUCAAAGGUUUGCAUUAACUUUUUAAAGUAGUUCCUAUAGGGCAUUGAGGAGCUUCCUCAUUCUGGAAAAACUGAGAAAACCCAUAUUCUCCUCAUACAACCCGUGACAGCAUUUUUGCCUGCCUCGAGGCAGAGUUUCCCAUAAGCAAUAAACUGAGCUGUUUUGUGGGGCACAGUGCUGGACCUGAUAGUGAUUCCCCACGCGCGUUCCUCUGCACCCACCGAGCCAGGCACAGGCCAGCCCUCAGUGGUGCACACAGCAUGAGCCUCAGUCCCAUUUCAGUCUUUAAACCCUCAGGAAGUCACAGUCUCUGGACACCACACCGCAUGAGCCCAACAGUCCACGACGGAUCCCCCAAUCCCGCCCCAACCUUCUCCUUUCAUCUGAACAGAACCUCCGUUUUUGGAAGCCUCUCUCACUCUCCAUGCUAGCAGAGCAGGAGAGAGACUGAAGAGAUGGCAGAGGGAGAGGUAAGAAGGUUUAGAUGCAGGAGAAUAGUAAGGUUGAUGGUUCAGUCCAGAGUAGAUCGGGGGAGGAAGAGAGGGCUGCAGGGACGGGGGCUGACUGUCCCAUUCUAGCUUUGGCGCAAAGCAGCAGAAAUGGGGAAAAGCCAAUAGAACCUUCCUUAGCUUUCCCAUCCUAUAUGCCUUCUGGGAAUUGAGAGGAAAAUGAGAGAAUGGGUUGUAAAAUAGAAAUGAGCUUAAUCCAGGCCAUAGAGCCAGGGAAGGUGGGUAAAUUCAGGAGAGUGCUAGACUUUAGGAGCCAGAUAGGAACAAGAAUCAGUAGAAACGGGCCAUGCUUUGGAAGAGGCAAGCCUAUGUGCUCCGCCACCCACCUUCAGCCUGCAAUGAGGGGUGGAGGCUCACGAGUCUCUCCCGCUCUUCCUCCAUUCUGGCCCAUCCCUGCCUCCUCCCUUGGGUGGAGGAUGGAAGGGAGGCUGGGACAAGCAGGGAACGCAGGAUUCAGGGAUGCUGUCACUUGGCAGCCAGAUUCCGAACCAAGAAAAAUCCCAUUCUCCAAUGACUUCCUCAACCAGUGGUGGCCUUGUGACUGUCCUCUAAGGCUGAAGAUAUCCAGGAAAGGGGGCUUGGACACUGGCCAGGAGACCCCUUCGUGCUGUGGACACAGCUCUCUUCACCCUUUGCUAAUGGCAGGACACAGUGGAGGCCGCCUCCCACAUGGGGCUAUGAAGAGGAAUAGAAAAAAGCAAAUCUGCUUCAACGCAUGAAAACCCUAUGGCUAUAGAACCUGGGGACUGUGGCCGAUGCCCCUGGAUAGGACAAUUGGCUGGGGACAGGAGAAGUGCUCAAUCUUCAUGAGACAAAGGGACCCAGCAGGGCUGGCAGCACGGGACUUGACCUGCCGAGUCAGCACACCCCAUCUCUCUGCACAGCUGUCCCUAAACCCAACUCACAUUUCUGUAUGUCUUAGGCCAGUACCCCAAACCUCCUCCUCGCACCCUUCUUCCCACCCAUUCUUCCUUUGCAUCUUGAGCAGUCAUCCAACUAGGAUCUGCCAAGCGGAUACUGGGGUGUCACUCCCCUAAGAAAAGACUGAGCCAGGAACUAUGAGCUCCCCCGACGUUCCUCCCAGCCUGGACCUGACUCCGGAGAGGGGCUCUCUCUUCACGCACUGUGUCUGGACUUUGAGCGGGCUUCUGCCCCUUGCACUGGCUUUCUGCCGCCAGCCGUCAGGUUGGGGAUUAAGGCCUGGUGUGAGUUCACCAGACUUUUCCGGUUUCCAAAGUUCAUGCCUGCUCACCCAAACCCGUGAGUCUCUUCUGGGUGCAAGGGGUGCUCCUGGGCAGUUGGUCACUCCCUGGAGAGGCUGGGCCUUCAUGCACACGUAGAACUGAGCCUCCCAGGAGGUCUGCCUGAGCCCAGGGUGGGGAAACCCUGGGAAGGGAGGCGUUGAAGGAAGAUGGCACCUCCUACCCCAUGGCAGGGUGUGAGCGAGGGAGGCAGGUUUGGAAAGUUGUGAGCAUGGCAGUUUAAGCAGCAGGCAGCUUGACUCCAGACUGGCCUUUAGUCAACUGUCUGCUCACCCAGAGACCUGGGACUCCAGGUUAUCAAUGGCUCCAGGUCUAAGCUGCCCACUCCCACACCCACACCCACACCCACACCCACAGAACGUCUCUUCCCAUCCCCUUUAGACUCGUGCCUCACUCUGGCAGUGGAGAAGAUGCCUCUGUCUUUCCCACUACUGCCAGGAGAUAGGGAAGCCCAGCCAGGACUGACGCUCCUUCCUCCAGCCUGCCCUGACCCACCUGGCAAAGCAGGGCACCUGGGGAGGAAGAGACAAGCGUUUCUCUGACAGCCAGGCCUAGACAGACAGGCCUGGGGACAUCAGCCCCGUACGGGGAGGAAGGCAGGUGCAGGAGGCCCUUUUCUGAUGACACCCUUUCUCUCUCACCCCAUCUCCCCACCGCCACCUCUGUGGCCUCCACGGCACCCCGACAGGACUGGCCUCCUCUAGAGGGUGGGCCUCCCCCCAGCCAGCUGUUAGCAAGACAGGGCUGCCACAGCAACCGCCAAGCCCCCCUCAAGGUGGGACAGUACCCUGGACCCAUCCACUCACCGAGAGGGUUUCGGUCCAGGAUGGGAACCUCAGAGAAGAGCGCUCUAAGGACAAGAAACCCCGUAGCAUCCGAGAGGACGUGUCCGGCUUCCAGGAGAGAGGAGGCUUCGUUCUGCAGAGUGGAGGAGGGACGAGGGACAGGGGUUUCACCAACCAGCAACCUGGGUCUUGUACUGUCUGUGUUUUUUAAACCACUAAAGUGCAAGAGUUUCGUUGCACUGUUUCUCCACUUCUGUUUUCUCCUGGGCUUUUGUUUCUUUUUUAAAACAUACUUUCUUGGUUUUCUAAUGGAUUAUACAGUUUAGCCAUUUCCCAGACUCUGGCCUCCUCUCUGGAAAUCCUUUUGGAUGGGAAAAGAAAAGGCAGGGAGGGUCCGAGGAGAAGGGGACCCCAGCCUCCCUGUGCCCAUUCACCCAUGCCUCCGGUCCCCAGCCGGAGUCUCCCCUCCACCGCCACCGUCACACAGUAGCCCACAUGGAUAGCACCGUUGUCAGACAAGAUUCCUUCAGAUUCCGAGUCGCCUACCGGUUGUUCACGUUGCUUUUUUCUUUUCCUUUUUUUUUUUUUUGGAAGACAGCAAUAAUCACAGCACAUAUUAACUGUAGUUCUUUAUAGUUUUACAUACAUACGUACCAUAGCUCUGUUCUCUCCUCUUUUUUGUUUUCAACUUUAAAAACAAAAAUAAAUGAUGAUAAUCUUUACUGGUGAAAUGGAUGGAAAAAUAAAUCAACAAACAAAACCAGUUCGUGAGAAAAAAAAAAACCGCCUGAAUGCGGAAGAGCUCUGCUCUGUUUAGCGUUUUGUACUUAAGGAAAUAAAAAACAAACCAGCAAACGAUCUCAUGUUUUCUUACAAGGUGAAGACUGCUGUAUACUAUUUAUUCAACUUAUAAUUUAUGUUACUCCUUGAUUUUUGACUCUUGCCAUGACACAGCAUUUAUUUAAUAAAGUUAUGCAUUCAGUUA